UCUAUGAGUUGACAAGUAACUUCCAGCGUCAUUUCUGUACUUUUUCAAUUUUUACAUUAAAAAACGAUUUUAAUAUCAAUAUUUAUAUUUAAAUAAUAUUUUUCUAAUUUACUUUUAAUAUUUCGUGCCAAAAAAGUGAAUAAAUCUUCAAAUAAUUUUAAUAGUUCAGAAAAUGACGAAAUUGGUCCCGCGUGUUUCCUUCCCGCGCACGUCGUACUAGGUGGAAGUUGGUCAUGGUCGUCCGCCAAACGGAAAGCCGCCAUGAUGGCUUUCUGUAAAGUACGCUCAAUAUGUAAAGUUUCGUUAAUGUUUUUCGUUAAUUGUGACUGAGUGCGUGCAAAAAUCAAUCAUGGGAACGAACUAGAGUGUGCAAAGUUUAGUUUUAGGUCCCUUGGGACCUCCUAGUGGAGCUAUAAAGUGUUUUAUAAGUGCAUUUUUGUGUCGACGCUAGCGUGUUUUGUUCUGUCAACAAAAUGUCGAAGCUCUCGUUUAGGGCGAGGGCCCUGGAUGCGUCGAAACCAAUGCCCAUAUAUCUCGCCGAGGAGCUUCCGGAUUUACCGGACUACUCGGCGAUUAACCGUGCAGUACCUCAGAUGCCCUCUGGAAUGGAAAAAGAGGAGGAAAGCGAACACCAUCUCCAGAAGGCGAUAUCAGGCACUGGUCUGAUAAUACCAACGCCUGAGGUAUGCCAGGUCAGCGACCUAGAAUUCUACGAGCGAUGUUACCCGCCCGAUUACAAAAUGCCCAAGCAGCACAUACAUAUGCAGCCGCUAUGGGAGGAACAAGAGGCGCCGGAAUACGACAUCGACACGGACGACGAGCGCUGGCUGAAGCAGCAGAGGCAUCCAGAGCUCACAGAGCUAAAAUUCGAGCAGAUGAUGGACAAACUGGAGAAGAGUUCAGGCCAGACGGUCGUGACCUUGAACGAGGCUAAACUGCUUCUGGAGAGGAACGAUGACCUCGUCAUCGCCGUGUACGAUUACUGGCUCAAUAAGCGCCUCAAUACGCAACACCCAUUGGUCCUGUCAGUGAAAACAGAGAACAGGCCGGGCCAGUCCUCUAAUAACCCCUAUUUGGCGUUCAGGCGGCGGACGGAAAAGAUGCAGACUAGGAAAAACAGGAAAAACGACGAGAGCUCAUACGAGAAGAUGCUGAAACUCCGUCGUGAUCUCGCUCGGGCACUGAAUUUGCUGGAGCUGGUGGCGCGACGCGAGAGUGCCAAGCGCGAGCUCGUGCGCCUCACCGCGCUCAUCGCCGAGCGCCGCUACGCCGCCGGCGACUUCGCCAACCAGCUGCUGCCCGACCCGCCGCCCAGGCCCGCGUACACUCCAGUCCCGCUGACGUCGUCGUCGUUCCGUCGCGAGGCGUCCCUCCCGCACUACACCCCGCGGCCGCCCGCGCCCGUCGACCAGCCGCGACAGCGAGAAAAGCGUCCGUACAAGAGACGGAAACACAGGCAUCCCUGUGGAUAUAUUUGUAACAUUACAGAUUCAGGCGUGUACACUUCUUCGGAGGAAGAGGGCAGCGGCCGAGCCGACGCCGCCACGCCGCCAGACGACGGGCCCUUCGCCUUCCGACGCAAGCCCGGCUGUUAUUAUGAAAUGCCGACGUCGACUCUGUACGGCGAUCCCGUGGACCCUGAUGAUCCUUCCAAAGACGGGAUGUUUGAGCACGAGAUGGAUGAGAGGCAUAGGUACACGCUGACUUCCCUCCGGUCUGGCUGCAUCGGCUUCGCCCGGCGGCGCCUGUGCCGCGGCGGGCGCGUGGCGCUGGACCGCACGCGGACGCCGCUGCACGACCUGUUCACGCGCCUGCCCUUCCCGCCCCAGCCCCACCAGCCACACGUAUCCCCACCAGCCACACGUAUGUAUCACUACUGGCUAUAUACUCUGCUAUGGGUGGCGCUGGACCGCGCGGACGCCGCUGCACGACCUGUUCACGCGCCUGCCCUUCCCGCCCCAGCCCCACCAGCCACACGUAUGUAUCACUACUGGCUAUAUACUCUGCUAUGGGUGGCGCUGGACCGCACGCGGACGCCGCUGCACGACCUGUUCACGCGCCUGCCCUUCCCGCCCCAGCCCACCAGCCACACGUAUGUAUCACUACUGGCUAUAUACUCUGCUAUGGGUGGCGCUGGACCGCACGCGGACGCCGCUGCACGACCUGUUCACGCGCUGCCCUUCCCGCCCCAGCCCCACCAGCCACACGAGGACAUCGAAACGAAAGCGCAAAGAACUCCAAAACUAUCAAUGGAUUACCACAGCAGCGGCAAAUAUCCUUGGAGACACGCCUUCCGACGCCACCUCGCCCGCAAUCCCGACCUCUGGACAGCCGAUACGGACAUCAAGCAGGAACCAACCAAGUCGGACUUACCCGACGUCCGAUCCGACCUGCCCGACAUCCGAUCCGACUUGCCCGACGUCAUCCAAGACAGUGUUAAUAGUGUUAAAAGUGAUAUUAGGUUUAGUGCAAGGACUUUAGAUGGUGUAGUGAGAGAUAAUUUACAACGGGUGAUGAGGAAGAGAGCUUGGGGGUGUUCGGAUAGCAGUUAUGAUUCGGAUGAGAGUCUGCAACCGGUUGAGAAGGAGUUUGAGCAGUUUAUCAAUGAAGUUAAUAAGAAAUGGUUACAUUUCCGACCAAAACCCCCACCGUCGCCCCACGCCCAGAGAGCCACGACACCGAGUUCCCCGUGUCGCUACACGCCCAUCGCUGUCGAGAUCCGGUCCGACACCGUGUCCGACACUCACGACACUUUCACUACCUCAGAGUUCACUCUCGCCGAUCUGUACCCGGAUAUAAACCCGGUGUUGGAUAAUAGUGGGACCGGAUUAGAUAUUAGUUCGGACGAUUUGCUUAGUGAGAAUUUUACGGGUCUAUCGUCAGCGCAGGUGGACAGCCUGGUCCCCGCGCCAGCGCCGGGCGGGCAGUUCCUGUCUGCGGCGGCGGCGGCGGGCGGGCAGUUGCCGGUGCAGGCGGAGGCGUCGUUUUAUCGCACGGCCAGAGUACGGGGGCGUGCCCACUCUGGCCCGGACUACAGAAAGGCGGACUCGUUUGGUUCGACCGUAGUGAACGUUACAAACGCGGAUAAGGAGCCCAUAUACAUCGACAUGGUCAAGGCCGAACCGCCGCCUAUCAAAAUCGAAACGCCCAAGCCAACAGUCAAAGAGGAAAAAUUGUCGAUGCCCGCCCCAGUACCCACAUCCAACAUUAUUAUAGAAGAAGUUAACGAAGUACCACAUAUAAAGAUCGAGAAGAAACGCAAAGAAGAUACUAUAGAGGAAGUCCAGUUGCCCCACGGGCAGUUGAAGACUGUCCAGACGAAACAUUCGCCGCUGAAGAAGCAUAUAAUUAGUUCGGCGGGACAUCGCAGGGCGAGUGACGUCACAAUCGUGACGUCGGUGCCGGAUGGUCAGGCUCAGCCGCAUACGUCGCAGCCGCAGAUCGUUACCGUCGCUGUGUCUGAUAGUUUGAAGGUGCGGCUGCAGAACCACCUGGUGUCGGGGCAGGCGGGCGUGGUGGUGGGCAACGGGCCGUUCCCGGGCGUGGUGGGCGCGCGGGCGGGGGGUCUGCGCCUGCCGGUGCACAAGCACGUGCCGCUCGUGGUGCCGCACGCGCCGCACUCCAAGCUCAAGGUGCUGCACGCGCACCCGCUGUCGCACUCCCAGCGCGCCGCGCUGCUGGCGCAGAACCGCGCGCUGCACCUGCCCGCCGUCGUGUCGCUGGCGGCGCUGGACAAGGCGGCCGGCGGCUCCGUGGCGCAGCUGUUCGAGAUCAAGGCGGGGCAGCUGGGCAAGGGCCCGCACCUCGUCAACGUGGUGCGCCAGGCGGCGCCGCGGCCCGCGCUGCAGCUGGCGCGGCGCCCGCCCGCCGUCACCGUGGCGCCGCGGCCCUGGUCGCCAACCUGCUGCACAAGGCCGUGCCGCUGCCGCACAAGCUGCUGCCGCCCGCCAACGUGUCGGCCAUCGCCUUCGCGGCGCCGCAGCUCAAGCGCCGGCCGCCGCGGCCCGACGCGCCGCCCGACGCCGACGCGCCGCCCAAGCCGGACCUGUCGCCCGAGGUCACGUGACAACCUCCUCUAGCUGCUAGAUUGUAUUGCGCCGUAGCUAGUGCCGAAUAGACUAAUGUUCGCGUUAUUGGGGUUUCAUGUAAACAAACAAAAUGGUAUCGAGUCGUUCGUUGCAUUAUUCAAAAAAAGCAGUGAGUUAGUUUUUCGUAGCAGUUGAUUGGACGUAAUGAGCUGUUAGGAAAAAGGGCUCGCAACAAAAAAACUCCCGGUUUAAGUAUGUGUAUACAUAUAUAAUUAGUAAGUAUCAUAUACUGUAUUAUCAUAUACAAAUGGCUCGGCCUCAUGUUGUCGUUGGGGCCUUAGACAUACGCUUAGUUGGUGACGUACCUCAUAAGUUCUGAAUUGUAGUUGUAUGUGAAUCCUUUCCUUAGCUUGUUGUUGUAAAUAUAUUAUAUUGUUACUGUGCAGCAAUAAUACGCCAUUCUGUCAAA